GGUUUAACUUUAUGUAGUGUAUCGUGUAACUUGUGUUGUUUAUGCAGUUAUUAUUGUUGUAAUAUAAACAGAAAUUUCUAUGCGUUAAGUAUGGAUGUACCUGGACGUAAAUUUUUGGGCGAGAAAGGAUCCGAGGAAUUUGUAGACAAACCCUGUAAACCAUGUGAAGAUGAAGGCAAAUAUACGGCUGCUAACGGCUUAUGUCAAGAAUGUGAAGAAAAUAUGUGUUCAACUUGCUUCAGACAUCAUAAGAAAGGGAAGUUUUGUAAAGAUCACGUGUUGCUUGAUCAUAGAUAUAGUGGUAGUAUACCGAAGGAAAUCAUUGCGUCUGAUGAAGGACUAGGAAAAUGUCAACAACACCUUAAAGAGUUAAUAAAGUUUUAUUGUCCAACUCACGAACAGGUUGGUUGCGGGGACUGUAUCAUUCUUGAACAUAAAACUUGCAAAGUGGAAUAUAUUCCUGACAAGGCGACAGUUUUUAAAGACAGCAGAGACUUCGAAACAGUUGUCAAUAACGUAAAAAGUUGCAGCAAUCAAAGCCAAGAAUGUUUGUCAGCAAUACAGACAAACAGGAACGUAGUCGAGGCUGUACAUGCAAAGUUUAUUGUUGAUGCAGAAGCAUUUAGGGAUGAAAUUGUCAAUCAUGUUUAUAAUCUAACGUCCAAUAUUUGUGAUCAAGCGACAGAUAUCAAAUCAAAGACUAUUGAUAUCUUUGGGAUACUUGAAAAAGAUGCUUUUGAUAUUUCACAUGAAAUAUCAUCAAUCGAAGAGACACUACUGUCCCAGCAAGAUCAGCCAAACAAGUUGUUUGUCACCUCAGUACAGAUUAAACAGAAGUUGGAGAGCUUAAAAGAAAAAUUAGAUGAAAGUAAGAAAAAGAAUAAAACAACUGAAUACAUUUUUCAAAGAGAUGAACAAUUAAAAAGUGCACUAAUGCAAUGCGACGGUCUGGGUGUUAUUCAACGCUGUUCUGGCAAAGAAGAUGAAAUAGAUGCAAAGCUUGAAAAUAUGCUGUUGACAUCAGAAAAGGAGGUAAAACAGGCAACAGUCAAUAUUCCAAAAGUACAGCCUUUACUGGACAGGAAGCUGAGAAUCGACAACAUUCAUGCAGAUGGUGAUCAUCUUAGUUUUAUCAGAGGUAACCCUUUGGGGAACGUAAAUGGUGUGUACAUCGGUGAUAUCAAAAUGACAAAUGGCUGUCAUUUUGAAGUAGAGAUCAUAAACAGUGGUGGAAUGGACGGAUCUAUAGGGAUAGGCAUUGUUCCAGAAGACUACCCUAAAAACGCUUUUCCCGGAUGGCGACAAUGUUCGGCUGGAUACCAUUCUGACGAUGGACGAGUUUUUACUGAGAGUAAACAUGGAGAACCAUUUGGACCACCCUGUGGUGAUAAUGACACAAUGGGUUGCGGGGUAGCUUAUAUUUCAACAGUUGGUGUAAUUGUAUACUUUUCAAGGAACGGUCGAAAGAUCGGAGAAAGGUUAUUACGUACGCGGAAAACGCUCUACCCGGCAGUUGCUCUGGAUACGUAUGGACAGAAAGUAAAGGUUGUUUUGGAAGCAAAAGCACCAGUAGAUACUUAGAUUAUUAAAGAGGACGAUACAGUCAUAAAUAGUAUAGACAUCCUAAGGAAGGCAAAGGAGUGAAAUAGCUGUAGUGUUUUAAGGUCUUACAAUUUAAAGACAUGUGAAUGUGUUUACGAGAGAGAGAGAGAGAGAGAGAGAGAGGGAGAGCGAGAGAUUUCAAAUAUUUCAGAGUAUGCGUGAAGGUCAAUAUUAUUACAGGUGUACAAAAUUAAGAUAUUGCGUGGUGACAGUACUGUUAACCGUCUAUAUUAUACAAAUGGCUAAAUAGAAAGUUCGAAAGAUCAUUUAGAGUCAUUUAUAAGUAAGGUAAACUUUGACGUUGACUAUUGAAGUGGAUGCUUAGCUGUGUGCGUUGAGUUGCAAGAUGAUAUGAUUUUUUUUACAAAAUCAACAUCUGAUGAAUUUUCAAACGAAAUAGAGUAUCUUAGAAUAAAACAUGAAAACCAGGGGACUAUAUUCACACAAGAAAAUGACCAAAAUACAUGUCGUUGAAAAGAUACUUGAGGAAAACUGUUGGUUCCUGUGCAAGUGACAUUUAAUUGUUCGAGAUAAAAAUCGAAUUCUUGUAAGAUUUAAGAAGCAUAGAAUGCAAUAAAACAAACUAAUUGCAGACUCGGUUUGAUUGAGUCUGUUGAUGGGAGUCAAUGAAUAAUGCAAAAUCCUUCAAGUCUUUCUGCAGUUGCUUAUGCGGAAUUCUUUCAUACAGAGAUUGUGCCCAUAGGACCAGAAAAUGUAACAACAUAGCUUGGGUACUUGCACUGCCAAAAAAAAAAAAAAAAAAAAAAAAAAAAAAAAUCAGGUAUAAAUAAAUUUAACCAGAGUUAACCAUAAUUACUUUUACAAUCAUGAGAGCAAUAAAUUGUGUAACACAAAUAUAAAUCGUAACAAUACACAUAAACAAAACUGCGAAUAGAUGUAUGUGUAAGACUGAUGGUGUUAGCAUCUGAUAGUCGUAGCCAGGAUUUUGUAGUGUAAAACUGCAAGUAGGUGUAGUUGCGGAAAGAGAUUUCUGUCUACUGCAAGUGGUGGAAUGGGGGUCUCCUUCAGAAAAGAAUAAAAUCGGGAUUGCAUUUCGUAUAAAAAUCUGAGAGCUUAUCAUGUUAAUAUACGAUUCUUGAGUCUCUUUUUUCUAUAAACAAUAAUAUAUAGCAUCUAAAUGAACGCAGGUAAUUAAUUUGGAAUAAGGAUGUGAUAACAAUAUUUCAAAAGGUCAAUAAUACAUAUGCAUAGUUGAAAGGCGUUUAACUCUGUUUGUUAAAAAAUCUCAAACACAAUGUAUAAUUUCAACAAUAAAUAUAUGCGAGUAAGAAAAGUGACCGUUCCUUAGAUAGUGACUAUCUGGACGUCACAAUACGUGAACAUGUUUGCGAAUGUUUUCAAUUGUGAUAAGAUAAAGCUUGCAUUCAUCGAAUAUUGAUAUUUUUUCGAAAUUCAGAUAAUAAUUCCAUUAAGGUGAUUUGGUAGUUAAUAGUAUCAAAUUCUGUAUUUGUGUGACAUGUCAUGACUGAAUUUUUGCAAUACAGUGUACUUAACGUGAAUGUAUUUUAUUUACGAUAUUGUGGGAAUAAGGAUUGAGGGUAUGUACGCUAUGUCUGCUUCAUGUUGUUGGUGGAUAGCAAAUUACAUUUGAAUUGGAUGGAAACGGAGUUGAGUACACAAUGUACAGAAAAAGUUCCAAUGCCAACAAUAUCUGCAUGUCUAAUUCAAGUUGAUGAUGGAUACCAAACUGCAUUUACAUUAGAUGGAAACUGUAGGAGGAGUUGAGUACACAAGGUACCGAUGUAGCUGGCUUAGCCAAAAAAGGGGCAUAACUGAAAACAAUCGGGAAUCAAAUUCAUGGCUCUCGACAAUAUGCCCGUGCCCUUACAUGACUUAUACAAAAUUUCUUUUGAACUGGAUGGAAACUGUAGGAGUUGAGUACACAUGAUGCAGAUGUUAUUGUAAUAUGGCUAAGUCUGAAAAAGGGCAGUAUCUAGAAAAACAAGACAUGUUUUUAAAAUGUGACUGUCUCCUAUGAUAGCAAGUCCCAUUUUCAGUCCCAAGAUCACUAUGACCUUGUCAUUUGAUUUACAAAGCUUCAAACGCAAUAAGGGUCAUCUACUGACCACAAGCAAUUAUACUAUGAUGUUUAUUGACUGUCCACCAGUGUUCUUUAGCUAUUGAGAUGGAACUGUUUUCAGCAUCAGUUCCAUUGUGACAUUGACCUUUAACCUACUGACCCUGAAGACAAAAGAGAUUAUCUACUGACCCCAGGCAAUCAUCCUAUUUGAAGUCUGGCGUCUUUAGGUCUGAUUUCUAUAUACCAUCAUACUGAACCUAGGCAAUCAUCCUAUGAAGUUUGACGUCUUUAGGUCUGAUUCCUAUAUACCACCAUACUGAACCUAGGCAAUCCUCCUAUGAAGUGUGAUGUUUUUUAGGUCUGAUAUUCGUCGGAACCGGACAUAUUGCUAGCACUAGCUUAAGCUCUUUUCGGAAAUUUCUAUUCCGACCAGAGUAUCGUCGAUGAUUGAUGUCAGAGUAUGUGCAUCGAUGGAUGGAAACCAUGUACAAUCCAAUGAAGUCUUCAUGUCUGAGUACUAGUACAACCUGUUCACAAUUUCAUGCGUCUGUUAUAUCACCGACCAUGAUGGUGUAGAACCCGUCUUCCCUAAUGUUACUCGCUACCUUCUUUAAACUUCCUUGAGCCAUCACCUGUAGCAUGUCAUUCUGGAUCAUGGAGUCAUGUGUAUAUCGGGAUUCUUCGCCAUCCACGACUGGAUAGAUGGGUUAGUCUCUUCGUUGAAGCUUUAGAAGCCGCAAGAGGUCCUUCUACAUAUUUUCUUACCUAUUACAAUUUGUGUGCAGCGUUUUAUUCUUAUAGAUCUAUUUUCUACUAAUUCCAAUUAAACAUGUGCAAGUUUCAAUUAUGACCAUUGUAUUGUAUACCCGGUAAUCUCCUACAGACACGUUGUAUAUUCGAUAUGAUCUGCUUUUCUCCUAACAAUGAAAUGCCGCGUUUGUAUUUCAAAGUUUGAGGUGUGAAUUUGCGGCCCUGUUAAAGAAAUCUGCACACGCUUAACUGACGUUGAAUGAAUACGUAAAAAGGCGAAACUGGUCAUUUCAGCAACAUUUUCGUGUCGAGUGUAAACUGUACCUAUGCAGAAAACCUCACUGAGCAGAGGUUAUCUCAAACUUGUGCGUAAUUCCGGGCGCUCUUAAUGUCAGAAACACUCCACGUAAGCUUUAAUGUAUGGUGGGUUAGGCUUUUUCAUAGAAGAUGGUCUAAAUAAGUACAAAAAUAAUCCGACUUACCAGAGCUCGAAGCGGUGUAAAAUCUGUGUAAAUGUGAUUCAUGUAGCAGUUGUGAGUGAUGUACUUACCUACCCAUUAUUAAGCAAUGUUUAAGCGUAUUUUUUACACUUUAUUGGCAAUUACGUGAUUGAUUCAUGAAGAUAUGAAAGUCAAAUUGUACAUGUUGAAGCAGUUAUCCCAUUAUAAUGCAUCAUCAUUAUCUUCGUCAUCAUCAGCAUCAUCAUUAUUGUUAUUAUCAUUAUAGUUGUUAUGUGUUAUUUUUACUAAAGCUGGGAUUCAUGCUUGGCCUUGGACUGAUUAAUAAAAUGUCAUUAUCAUUAUUGUUAUAUUAAUUUCUGUCUUGUUUUUAUCUAAGGUGGGAAAGUAUGUGUAUUGAGAGAAUCAAUCUGAAAAUGUCUUAUUAUAUUACGAUUAAAUGUUUUUAUUUUUGUUUGAA